CAGGUUCAGCGUGCUCAGACACACAGCCAGCCAGACACGCAGGGCCCUUGGAUGGACCCUGUCCCUUCCCCUCGCAUUGUCCAGGGCGGUCCACCUGAUUCUUCAGUCUUCAGCCCCCUCCUUAGCCUGGGCUCUUUGUGGUGUUGAGGGACCUUCAGCCCAGCCCCAGCGCUAUCAUGACAAAGGAUUAUCAAGACUUCCAGCACCUGGACAAUGAGGAGAAUGACCAUCAUCAACUCCGGAGAGGGCCGCCUCCCACCCCGUCGCUCUGGCGUCGCCUCUGCUCUGAAUCCCGCCUCCUCCUGGUGUCCGUGGGCCUCAGCCUCCUGUUGCUGGUGGUUGUCUGUGUGAUCGCAUCCCAAAACUCCCAACUGCGGGGCGAUCUGCUGUCUCUAAGGCAGAAUCUCAGCAACUUCACUGUGAGCACUGAGGACCAGGUCAAGGCCCUGAGCACCCAGGGGGGUAGUGUGGGAAGAAAGAUGAAGCUGCUGGAGUCACAGCUGGAGAAACAGCAGAAGGAUCUGAGUGAAGAUCACUCCAGCUUGCUGCUGCACGUGAAGCAGUUGGUGUCUGACCUGCGAAGUCUGAGCUGUCAGAUGGCUGCCCUUCAGGGCAACGGCUCGGAAAGGACCUGUUGCCCCAUCAACUGGGUGGAGUUUGAGGGCAGCUGCUACUGGUUCUCCAGCUCUUCGAGGUCCUGGAUUGAGGCUGACAAGUACUGCCAGCUGGAGAAUGCCCACCUGGUGGUGGUGACCUCCUGGGACGAGCAGGGAUUUGUCCAGCGCCACAUGGGACCUACAAACACUUGGAUUGGCCUGACUGACCAUAACGGGCCCUGGAGAUGGGUGGAUGGGACCAACUACGAGGCAAGCUUCAAGAACUGGAAACCAGAGCAGCCAGAUAACUGGUUUGGGCAUGGGCUUGGAGGAGGCGAGGACUGUGCCCACAUCACCGUUGAUGGCCCCUGGAAUGAUGAUGUCUGCAGGAGACCCUACCGCUGGGUCUGCGAGACAGAGCUGGACAAGACCCCUUAGGAGCCUCCCUCCCCUUAAUUUAUUUCUUUAGUGCCUCGAGCUGCUGAGGUUUGGAAUUGGGAGAUCCUACCGAGGGGUCUCCAUCUCCUCGGGAAUUUUCGUCUAGGAUUUUAAGGGCAGGGUAAAGAACGGUGUUUGAGGAACAUGACAUGAUGCCUGAUGAGGUGGGGUUAUUGGAACGCUAGGACGCUUUGUGCACCAUGCAGCUUACUACUGUCCACUUUUUUUUUUUUAGAGUAAAAAGAAGAGAAGUAAACUUAA